CUUUCAUACAAUAAUAAUCAGUCAAACAAAUAAAUUUCUGUAAAUGUAUAUUUCGUAAAAAUAGAUUUUGAUUGUAAAAUGUUUUUUUAAGACAGAUGAUAGAUGAAAUAGUAAACAAAAGCUCACAUAGCAAUCAUGUCAACUGAUGAAACAGAAAAUGACCAUGCAUAUGCCGCAAGUCGGUUAAGAAAUGAAAAUUAUGAUUUACUGCGUCCCCGGACAGUAUUACGGAUAAUACGUGAUCGGAGUAAUGAUUCAGGACAGUCGACGUCGGGAAACUCGGACCACAAUUAUGUUAGUAUUUUUACAGGUGCGAGCGUAAGCCAAAAUAAUAUAACUAUAAAUGCCUCUGGAGGUACCUUUGAAAGUGAUAAUGAUAUAUUUGAUGAUAAUGACGACGAAAACACUGAUGCUGCUAAUGAUGUUUUAAAUUCAGGCUCUUCUACUGUAACAUAUGAAACAGAUAAUAGAUCAGAAGAUUCGAUUAGUACGGUAACAACCAUAUCCUCGGAUCGAACACAUUUUUCUGAACAAUCGACCUCAUCCGAGCAAACAAAUUUUUCAGAGCAAACAAGCGAUUCGAUAUCAUCGAGAUCUACGCCUUCAGAAACAGGUACUGCUGAAGAUACUCCACAGAUAAUUGGUCUCGUUCCUAAUUUGCCUGAAGUUCAAGAAACGGACAACACAAAUGAUAAUAACGCUGAUGUAAUAACUCUGGAUAGCCCUUCGCCACCGAAAAAACGAAAACGUUUAUCCUUAGAGGCUCAAGAUAUCAGUGGCACUCCAAAGGUGAAAGCCAAAAACGAAAACGAUUUGGAUGAUGAAGAUGAUGGGUUAACUUGUCCGAUUUGUUUGGAUAAUUGGGAAAUGUCUGGGGAACAUCGACUGGCAUCACUUAAGUGUGGUCAUUUGUUUGGAGAUUCUUGUAUUCGUCGUUGGUUGCAAGAAAGCGCUCGUCAAUCAGGGCAAAGGGUAUGUCCACAAUGUAAAACAAAAGCGCAUGCCAAAGAUAUACGUUACUUAUAUGCAAAACGUUUAAGAGCCAUAGAUCGCAGUGAAGAGCACCGAAUGCGAGAGCACCUAACUGAAGUUCAAAACAGAGCUCAGAGUUUGACACUCGAAUUAGCAACAUUAAAAAUGUCUUAUGCUCAGGUAACUCAAAAACUUAAAGCAUUAGAAUCUGACAAUGAUUCGCUUAAUGUAUUGCUACGAAGCGGUGGCAGUUACACAUUUCCUAAAUCUGUGGCUCAGAAACCAUCUUUUGUGUACAAGUUAUUUAUGGAUCGUAACAUAGAAAUAUCAAGAGAGCCUGGCUGUCGUGUCCUCACCUAUGCCAAGGAGCAGACCGCUUUAAUAGUAUCCCAAAAGAGUACUCAGAAUCUUUUUCCCGGCUAUGGCUUAAGAUUCGUGGAUACGACUUCAUUUAAACCAACUAAUUUUCUACAUACCUCCCUUAAAUUAUUGAGAGACAUAAGUCUUUCUGAUGAUCAGCAAUUACUAGCUGCCGCUUGCAUGGAGUCCAAGGUAAAACUAUUUGAUUUGCGUACUCUUUCAGUGACUGCUACAUUUAAGCCGGCGGAGAAACCUUUGUGGUCGUGUUCUUUAGGCCGAAAGGAUAGUGAACACAUUAUCUACUUGGGAUCUCAGCAUGGUAGUAUUUAUGUAUAUGACACACGGUUUGCGGAAACAUUUGUCAACGAACAUCAAGCCGAAUGUGAUCUUAGCCCCGUGAUACAAAUAGCAGCUAUACCAGCCGGACAAUUAUUUCCUUGUGGAGGAUUUUUUGUCUGCAAACUUACAUCUUUGUGGUUUUAUGAACAUUCUGGUGCGACAACACGUUCCACGCGUCUACCUAUUGAAGGUCGUUUCAUUUCAAUGGAUUUUGACGCCGCUACAUUUAGGCUGGUGGUACAAACAAGAAGCUGCGCCCGUCAUCCCCGUGCACGUUAUAUACUCGGGCAACUUAAUAAAAUCAAUGGCAUUCCAGUUUUUGAAGUUCAAGUAACUUUUUUUGCCUCAACAAACAGUCCUGUGAUGGCUCGAUGUUCCCAAAUUGCUGUGGAAUCGAAUACACUUGUAGCGGCAUAUAUACAAGAUUCAAAACUACUAUCUUUAUAUGAUGCUAGUCGCGAGCAGUGCAUACAAUCACUGCCGGCGCAAGAUAUAGUUUACGAUACUUGUCCCAUUUACACAAAAGAUUUUACAUAUUUGGCCGCCUUAACCGAAACCAAAUGCAGACUAUACAAGUUAAACUCUACCUAAAGGAUAAUUCCUUAAAUCAUUACCUAAUAUACAUAGCACUUAAAAUACUAUUUGUACUGUUUUAAUAUACAUAAGUGUUUACAUUUAAUCAAACAAACAA